AUGUCUAACACGGAAGAAGCUAUAGAUGUUGCAGAGGUCGGAGAAAAUUCCAACGAGUCGUCAAGUGACACAACUUCUUCCAGAGGUAAAGAGGGCGACUUUGAAAGUAAAAUUGAAACCGAUCGUUCCAAAAGAUUUGAGUUUUUAUUAAAACAAACUGAAAUUUUUUCACACUUUAUGACUAAUACUUCAAAGUCUGGAAGUAGUCCUCCAAAAGCUAAAGCUGGGCGACCUAAAAAGAUCAAAGAACCUGAACUAUCUGGAUCUACUGGAGACCAUCGUCAUCGAAAAACAGAACAAGAAGAAGAUGAAGAGCUUUUGGCUGAAACAAACAUAAAACAAAAAACAAUAUUUCGAUUUGAAGCUUCGCCACCAUACAUUAAAAAUGGUGAAAUGCGUGAUUACCAAGUACGUGGCCUCAAUUGGAUGAUUUCGCUUUAUGAAAAUGGUAUCAAUGGAAUUUUAGCUGAUGAGAUGGGUCUUGGUAAAACCUUACAAACCAUUUCCCUCUUGGGUUACAUGAAAAAUUUUAGGAACGUUCCUGGUCCUCAUAUUGUUAUAGUUCCAAAAUCAACUUUAACAAAUUGGAUGAACGAAUUCAAGAAAUGGUGCCCGUCACUCAAGGCUGUGUGCUUAAUCGGUGAUCAAGAGACUAGGAAUACAUUUAUUCGUGAAACACUUAUGCCGGGUAAUUGGGAUGUCUGUAUAACAUCCUACGAAAUGAUCAUUAGAGAGAAAUCUGUGUUUAAAAAGUUCAACUGGCGUUAUAUGGUUAUUGAUGAGGCUCAUCGUAUUAAAAACGAGAAGUCGAAGCUCUCAGAGCUUCUUCGUGAGUUUAAGAGUAUGAAUAGAUUACUGUUAACUGGUACUCCAUUACAAAACAAUCUUCAUGAAUUAUGGGCGUUACUUAAUUUCCUUUUACCGGACGUAUUCAACAGCUCUGAUGAUUUUGAUUCUUGGUUUAAUACAAAUGCAGCUCUUGGUGACAAUCAACUUGUUUCGCGGUUGCACGCCGUAUUAAGACCGUUCUUGUUGAGACGCCUUAAAUCAGAAGUAGAAAAAAAACUUAAACCCAAGAAAGAAGUAAAAGUUUAUGUAGGAUUAAGUAAAAUGCAGAGAGAAUGGUAUACUAAAGUACUGAUGAAGGACAUUGACGUGGUGAAUGGAGCUGGAAAAGUGGAGAAAAUGCGGUUACAAAACAUCCUCAUGCAAUUGCGUAAAUGUUGCAAUCACCCAUACCUAUUCGAUGGUGCCGAACCUGGACCUCCAUACACAACGGAUGAGCAUUUGGUGUACAACUGUGGCAAACUUGCGAUUCUGGAUAAACUGCUGCCAAAAUUGCGUGAACAAGAUUCGAGAGUGCUCAUAUUCUCACAGAUGACAAGGAUGCUAGAUAUACUUGAGGAUUAUUGCCUAUGGAGACAGUAUAAGUAUUGCCGUUUAGACGGUCAAACCCCCCACGAAGAUAGAAACAGACAAAUAGAAGAGUACAAUGCAGAGGGAAGCGAGAAAUUCAUCUUCAUGCUGUCAACGAGAGCUGGCGGUUUGGGUAUCAACUUAACAUCGGCUGAUGUCGUCAUCAUUUACGAUUCCGAUUGGAAUCCACAGAUGGACCUUCAAGCUAUGGACAGAGCUCAUCGUAUUGGACAGAAAAAACAGGUGCGAGUAUUCAGACUUAUCACAGAUAAUACAGUUGAAGAGAAAAUUGUGGAGAGGGCUGAAGUGAAGCUACGCUUAGACAAGUUGGUUAUACAAUCAGGACGUCUUGUCGAUACUAAGAAUCAGCUGAAUAAAGAUGAAAUGCUUAACAUGAUCAGACAUGGUGCAAAUCAUGUUUUCUCUUCCAAGGACUCCGAGAUUACAGAUGAAGAUAUUGACACUAUUUUGGCUAAAGGUGAAGUCAAGACUGAGGAGUUAAAACAAAAGUUGGAAAGUCUCGGGGAGUCUUCAUUAAGGGCAUUUUCUAUGGACACACCAGGCGCUACUACGGAUUCAGUGUACCAGUUUGAAGGCGAGGACUACAGAGAAAAGCAGAAAAUUAUUCCUAUGGGUAGUUGGAUAGAGCCUCCUAAGAGAGAACGUAAGGCGAACUAUGCAGUGGACGCGUACUUCAGGGAGGCACUCCGUGUCUCCGAGCCCAAGGCGCCCAAGGCACCACGACCUCCAAAACAACCGAUAGUUCAAGAUUUCCAGUUCUUCCCGCCUCGGCUGUUUGAGUUGUUGGAUCAAGAGAUUUAUCACUAUAGAAAAACUCUUGGAUAUAAAGUUCCGCGUAAUCCAGAACUUGGUCCAGACGCUGCUAAAAUACAGAGAGAGGAGCAACGCAAAAUCGAUGACGCCGAAGCGUUAACUGAGGAAGAAGUCCAAGAGAAGGAACAGCUUUUAACUCAAGGUUUCACAAAUUGGACUAAAAGAGAUUUUAAUCAGUUCAUUAAAGCUAAUGAAAAGUAUGGCAGAGAUGAUAUCGAAAAUAUUGCAAAAGAUGUUGAAGGGAAGACACCGGAAGAGGUUAUGGAAUAUUCUGCCGUAUUCUGGGAGAGAUGCCAUGAACUUCAAGACAUUGAUAGAAUUAUGGGACAAAUAGAGAGGGGGGAAGCAAAGAUACAGAGAAGAGCCUCUAUUAAGAAAGCAUUAGAUGCGAAAAUGGCGCGUUAUAGAGCACCAUUCCACCAGCUUAGAAUUUCAUAUGGCACAAACAAGGGUAAAAAUUAUGUGGAGGAGGAAGACAGGUUUUUGGUGUGUAUGCUGCACAAGCUGGGCUUCGACAAGGAGAAUGUAUAUGAGGAGCUCCGUGCCGCAGUCCAUGCUGCUCCGCAGUUCAGAUUCGACUGGUUCCUCAAAUCCAGAACUGCUGUCGAGCUGCAGCGCAGGUGUAAUACCCUCAUCACAUUAAUUGAAAGGGAAAAUCAAGAACUGGAAGAAAAGGAAAGAGCCGAAAAGAAAAAGAAGAGUGGGAAUGCAAAUCAAAAUACUCCAGGCGGCAACGCAACCGGUAAAGGUGCAAACGCCGGCAAGCGUAAGGCUGAUAAUACACCCGAUGCUGCUCAAAAAACCAAGAAAAAGAAAAAAUGA